UGUCAUGCGAGUUGUGUGAGACGUUGACAUCGCACUCUCACACCAGCAGCAUGUCCCCAACAACAUCGGCGUCGGAGGCGACACCGCUUCUCCCGGUGGACGCCCCGCGUCCGGCACGGUUGGCCCCAGUUCGCCGCCUUCAGCUCAUCUCAUACCUCAUGGUGGCGGCGAUGUCGAUGCCGAACACAUCGCUACUCUACGUGAUGCGUACGAUGAGUUGCGACGCUUUCGACGCCGACCACCCAUUCGAGGGUAAAGGCGACCGAUGCCAUGCCCCCGAUGUCGAGAGCCUGGCCGCGGCCAACACGGCUGCGAUGAGCUCGGUGCAGACAAUAGGCGGUAUCCUGUCAAUUUUCGUGACCCAGUUUUGGAUCGCGCGCCUCGGAACUAAGACUGCCAUGUUCCAGGGCUCGAUUUGGAGCUCGAUCCGCAUGAUCACGCAUGUUUAUGCAAUGUACAUCGGGGGCGCUACUGGUGUGCGCAUCACGAUCGCUGCGCAGCUGCUCUGCAUCCUCGGCUCGCCCGGAGGCUUCAUGCUCGCAACCAACUCGGCGCUGAUGGAGACCGUGCCCGCCGCCCAGCGCACGGCCAUGUUUGGGAUGCUGGGCGGCGCCCAAAUGGCAGGAUAUGGCACUGGCCUCGUCAUGGGAGGCACGCUGUAUACCUAUCUCGGUUUAUAUGGGCCAUUCUUGACGGCAUUCGUCAUGCUCGUCCUCGUCGUCCUCUUGGGUCUUUCGAUCAUCCCAUAUGUCCCGCCCGCGCACAAACGCCCCGGCCCGGACGGCAAGCCGGCCGCUAAACCGAGUGCGCUCAACGCCUUGAAGAUGUUCAGGCCCAUGAGGGACGCGCAGGGACGCCGUUCAUGGACGCUCCUCUGCCUGAUCUGUGGCGUCUUCAUGGCCUCGCUUGCUACUGGCUACGUUCCAAUUGCACUGCAGCUAAUGGGCCAGGCGCUCUUCGGCUUUGAGCCGAACAUGACGUCGGCCAUGCUGCUUGGCAACAUGGUCAUGCGGACCAUCUUCCUCAUGUUCAUCUUCCCGCGCCUCAUCGCAGCUGGACGCAGGUGGCUCGCGUCCAAGUUGCCUGUGGAGCCCAUCGCCUCGGAAACCGCCAGUGUUCACAGCGCCGGAGAGUCGGAAGCUGAAGAGGACGCAUCGCCUCUGGAGCGUAACAAUGCCGCCUUCGACAUCCACUUCCUCCGCCUCUCAAUCCUGGUCGAUGCCGUGCUGACGGGAGCCGUUUCCUUCGUUCGCAAAGACUGGCAGCUGUUCGUCGCAGCGGCCAUCUUGCCGCUGGCCAGCGGGACCGGCCCAGCAGCCAAGGGCGUGGUCACUGAGCUUGUGGGACCCGAGCACAAGCAGGAGGCCUUGAGCGCCAUCGCCCUCGUGGAGAGCAUGGCAACCGUGAGCACCGUUGGCCUGUUUGGCUCGGCGUACGCUGCCCUGGCAAAGCAGGGCAUGCCGCAAAUGGUGUUUGCCGCCAACGCCGCGGUCGCAUUCGUCGCAUUCAACAUCCUGGUACCUGUCCGGUUACGUCCGGUCGCUUAGUGAGGGCUGGGUAGAGAGGUUUAGGAUCUCUGUAUGGCAUGCAGAUCUAAGUCCUUA